CAGUGAUUUAAACCUACUUGCUUUUUACACAAGUUUCAAAAAGUUGUACGGAUUAUUUUUUUUAAAUCAAAGCAACCCAAUCCACAGUGAUGGCUACAAUAGGGAGCCCAUUCUCGUGGUCAGAGGGUUUGGACUCUCCUGCUGGGGAAGGCAAGCCCAGGGUUGGACUCACAGCUCACGAAUCUCCAGCCAGAAACAAAGCUGAGCCACGAAUCCGGAGACCCAUGAAUGCCUUCAUGGUCUGGGCUAAGGAUGAGAGGAAAAAACUUGCCAUCCAGAACCCCGAUUUACACAAUGCAGAACUUAGCAAAAUGCUGGGCAAAUCAUGGAAAGCCCUCACUCCUUCACAGAAACGACCUUUCGUCGAAGAAGCUGAAAGAUUACGAGUGCAGCACAUGCAAGAUCAUCCCAAUUACAAAUACAGGCCUCGGAGGAAAAAACAGAUCAAACGACUGUGCAAACGUGUGGACCCCAGCUUCCUGCUCAACAACUUCCCCCACGAUCAGACUCCCGUUCACAGUGGAAGAAUUUGUAGGGGGCCUCUGGAGGAGGAAGAGGAUAAAGGCUAUCUAGCAACCUCGAGACUUCCUGCAAUCAGCAGAUUCAGGGAUGCACAGAGCACAAAGAAUAACUUCGACAACUAUGGGCUACCCACACCCGAGAUGUCCCCUCUAGACGUAGUGGAUGCUGAUCACAGUUUCUUCCCAGCUCCGUGUACGGAAGAUUCUCCUUCUCAGAUGAAUGGAGUGAUCUAUCAGUCAGAAUACAGCCAAAGCCCCAUUCAAUGUGGAAAUCUCAAUCAGAUCUCUAUCCCCCAAAACAGAUCUCCCAUCAUGCACCCUUCAGUCAGCCACCCUCCGCCGCCUCCUUAUUAUAACCGAAUGCAACAUCCAGCCUUCCAGCCCAUGAAUUCAAGCACUUCAGUCCACCUUUCUCCCCCACGGGACCACCAUCACCUAGAUAACCUGGAGCACAUCAGCCAGGCUGAGCUGUUGGGGGAAGUGGACCGCAAUGAGUUUGAUCAAUAUUUGAACACCUCCAGUCAACUGCAUCAAGCAGGGAUGGUAAUGAGUUCACAUUUACAUGAUGUGAGUCCAUCGGGAGGCACAAGUUCAGAGAGGAGUCUAAUUUCAGUCUUAGCUGAUGCUACUGCAGCAUAUUAUAAUGGCUCCUAGUCCCAAUAUUAAUGCACUAGAACUUUACUGGCCAAUAACAGUAUUACUUACAAAGAUCUUUGGAAUGGAAAUAUCCUCAGGGUUUUCAAAUGAACCAGUAAUAACUUUCAUAAAUGAAAAACAACCAAAAUAUUUAUGCUGGUUUGAAAUCAUUUUUGUUUGUAAGGUGAAAUAUGAAACUGAUAAAGUACUUUAACUAUUUGCUUUCCAAACUUUAGUCUGAUAUGUUUGUGCUUGUAAAGAGCUUGCAAAAUGUGUUUAAGAAUCCAAUGACUGUUUCAUUUUUUUUAUUCCAGUUGGUUAUUGUAAGCCUUGUGAUUUCAAUUGUUUGCAAACUGUUUUACUGGUUUGAGAAAUUUUAAGUGAUUAGAAUUAUUACUGAAUAAAUCACAAAUUAUGCUUCCAAUAAAUGUUUUA